UUUAGUGUCGUUGCGUGUACCCUAUUGAAGCUGCGUCGUUGCAAUUGCGAUUCAUUUUAAAUCAUCACGAAUUUUCUUUAUAACUCGCAACUAAUUUAGUCUAGUACAAAUUAAUUAAAUAGUUACCACAAAAGUUAUAAAAAAUGGCUGAUAAAAAAGUGACGCCUCCCCUCGGCGCGUACCCCCAACCGCAGCCUCCGCAAGGGCCCUUCCUGCCGGCACCACCGCAUCAGGCUGCACCGCAAUAUGGAGUGGCAGGCGGGUCACCGUACGGAGUAGCGUUCGGUGGCGCGGGUGGCGGUGCCGGCGGGCUGUAUGCCCCCCCGCCCUACGAGCAGCUGCAGCACCACCAGAUUCCGGCGCUCAGCCAGCAGCUUCCCAUGUACAGUCCGGCGGCGGCCAUGUACGCGGCGGCGGCGGGCUAUCCCGGGUACAUCGGGUACCCCGUGCAGUACUACCCGUACUACCCUGCCGCCGUGCAACCCUCCAUCCAGCCGCUCAGGCCCACCAUCAUGAUCCCGAACGGGUUCGAGGGCGGUCGCUUCGAGGGCCUGGCUCAGACGCUGCUGCCCCCCGCGCCCCCCACCGUGCCGCCCUCUCCCGGGCCCGCCCACCUCGCCGCGCUGCAGCCGCACCAAGUGCUGUGGCGUUAAACUCGAAAGCAAGCCGGUAUGGCGCACACCGACGCAGACGGACUAUCUAUCUCGUAUAAGAAUCUAUCCUUGUCUCUCUCACACAUAAUAUGUCAAUAUUUUGUUCACGUUUCCGGCAGAAGAUCAUCGCGGAUACAUAAUGCUGCUGUACAUUGACGAGAUAUGUGUUGUGCGAAACAUAUCUUUAUCUUACUACAUUGCUGGUUCAAUUUUUGGAAUCUGAAAUUUAUAAUUCUGAAUGAUGUCUUCAUAGAACACAUAUUUUUUUGUAUCUAGUAUUGUUUGCUUUUGCUAUGUUCUUGCAAACUUUAAACAGCCAACGAAGCGAAUGUCUCGCUAUCUGAAACAGAUAGCCAACCUCAUCGAGGUGUUGAUAGUGCUCCGGGCUUUACAUCCUUGUUUUCUUGGAGUACUACCAAUGAAAUGGCUACACAUUGUUGCACUUUGUGUAUACACUGGCUGUGUGAUAAACGCAACAACACAAUAAUAUAUAAAACAUAUGCGGUUGUAUCCUUUAAAAAUAAUCUUAUACGAGAUGUGAAUGUAAUUUUAAUAGUUUCUGAGAUUCUAUCGGUUCGGUUUCAUAAACUAUUCAUGGCAGGUUCACAAGUCAAGUUUGUUAUUCCAGAGUUGAGGAGAUUAUAAUAUCAACAAGUUACACAUAUCUACAUAUUGUUUUGUCAGUUUAUUCCUGACUGUUAAUAAAUCACAUGUUAAUAACAAUAAUUAUGAAUCAAUGAUAGAGAUAAGCAUAGAAAUGAUAUAGUAGGGGUUGGAAAAUAAAAAAAAAAACUAAACCUCAAUUGCAACACCACCUAUCGGCUCCAUUUGUAAUUUUAGGGUUACACCAAUCAGGGAUCCUCUCAACACACUGUUAUAUCUAUACUAUCUACUUCCUUUGUUACAUUUGACUCUCGUAUCCCUUUUAUGGGUGGAUAGUUUUCGCUCAAAUCGCCGAUAUUUACCUGUAAAUAGUUUAUGACUCCUUACCGUAGGUGUCGGUCUGUACGCCGCUCAUGACUGUGAUGUUAUUGUCUCCUGUUUGGUCGCUCUCAGCUCUCUACCCGUCCUUGACCUUAGCGACUCCCAUCACAAGAACUCUUCCGCUCACGAGAUCCUAAACGGUGUUUCAAUAACAAAGCUAAGCAUAUCCAACAAGCCGUGGUCAAUCUCAUGAUCAGGGUGUAUCAAUAUACCUUUAUACAUAGAAACGGAAGGCCUAGAUAUUAUUAAUACUUGCCACCAUUACCAGCUGACGAGUUGACAUAACCAACUUAAUUAAAAGUAUUAAUAAAUAUAAAAUGAAAAUAAUAAUAAUAAGGUUACGAACACAUUUCCUGCUACCCUCUUUAUCAAUUAUGUUGUUGAGUCGACAAUGCGUUGAUGCGAUGCUAUGGUCAGGGGCGAAGGAUCAGACAGGAGACGUGGGACGUGGACGGAGCCGCACGUCGGCAUAGUAUUAUUCGGGUGAAUCUCGUUUUAACUAGUUUGCGCUGCAGUUUGGUUUGCUUUCGAUAUGAUGUUGCUCGAGUCUACUGAGCAAAUUAUUGAGCAUAACAGUAGUAUGUUGUGACUGUCAUGGGUUAAAUCUUUGGUACCUAGCUUAUAACGGACCACCUACAUAAUUCAUGGGUUUUAAGUUUCCGUGGUUGCAAACGCCAUGAUUACGUGCUUAACUCAGCGAAUCGUGGGUCAUGUUCUGUUCUAAUCAUCUGUCCACGUUUGACGAACGACGCCGAGUUAAAGCUAUAGAAAAAUGAAACGAAAAAGUUGAGUCACAGAAGGUUCUCAUUCGGUCGCAAGUGUGGACGAGGCCUAAUAAGACGUUGGUUGGGAUGUGAACAGUAUCUUAACUCAGUGUUUCAGUGCGAACUGUGUGAACAAUAAUAUUGUUCAGGUACAACGUGUGCUACAAUUUGUGUACAUGUUUUCACAGUACUAAACAGCGCAGACUAGUUUUAUAUUUAUUAUAUAUAUAGGUAUAUAUGUGGUGCGUGACGCGUGCGAGAGAGAGUGCUAUAUCCAACAUAUUGUUUAGCAAAUUUCUUAUUGUAUAUGUAAGUAUGUUUAUUGGAUAUAAGAAGCUGGUUCGGAAGUAUUGACACAAAAAGUUUUCAAAAAAAUUGGUCCAUUACGUAAGAGUCAUACGUUUUUGGGUAAAAUAAAGGAUUUUAGGGGUAUUUAUGAAUUUUUCUGACGAUUUUGAAACGUAAUUGUUGAUGUAUUAAUUACUUUAUUGAGUGAGUUGAAUCUCAGAAUGGAUUUUUAUCUUGAUAAAAAUCGUGAUAUUGUAAUUUUUCAACACUCGGAAUGUAGGAUUAUAUUUUAAUGACUAUUGCGUUUUUCAACAAUAAACAAACAAUAUUUAAGAUGACCAUCAAACAAUUGCUUAGCCUUAGGUCAGUUCAAUGAUGGGACUUGGUAGAACUGACCAGAUUGGAUAUUUUUGUGAUUGUUUAAAAAUUUGAUUCACAUACUUAAAAUGUCUGCUAUUUUAAUUGUUUGAAAAACGCUAUGAAAACCUGUUAAUUGUUCUGUUUUGUAUUUUAGUAUAAUAUGGUGCUUGUACUAAAGUCACUUGAAAGUAAUUAGCGACAGCUUGUAUAACGCAGAUCGUUCUUACUUGAACGUAUUAGAUGGUUCUGUGUAAGGAAAUAGUUUCCAUUUAUAUCGAAUCUAAAAAUUGUAUAAAUCUCCCGCAUAUUUUUAAUUUAAUUACUUGCAAUGCACAGCUACCAAUUUUGAAUAAGCGUCAUCUGUUGGUGAAUGUAUUUAUCACGUAAUAAAUACGUUUGUUGGGCUUACAGGUUCGUUUACUUACUGUAUGAUGAAUAGGUAGUUUGAUAAAUCACAUAGUUCACAUACCGUCUGGUAUGCUUAUGGAACAAGUAGUAAACCCCAAGUUUCCGCCCAACUUUGUGAUACUAUCCCAAUUUAAGUCUCAUCUAUAAUCUGCGGUGGUAGCAGCUGGAAGUAUAUUACAAAAUGUUACUUUGUAUCUAUAAUUCCCAGAAUUCAACACAAGAAUAUUUUUGUAAAACGUGAUCUGUGGAGCGCAGCAGCAUCUGUCAAACACGAAUAUCUCACGCCUGUUGCAACCGGCGUGCCGGAUCAAAAUUAAUUUGUAAAAGUCCCAUUUUACUGGUUUUGUUCCCUGAACAAAAUGAUUGUGUAUGUCCACAAACAUAGUGCUACCUAUAUAAGCCAAGUACAGAUGUAAGUAUCCUGCAUGGACCACAGAUCCAACCUCCGUUGGUUGAUCGUUAAACAUGUGUUCUCAUGUUUUCUUUAUUUACUUUACACUUUUCUAUAUUAAUUAUUCUAUUUUAGUUAAUCAUGUUUUUGGAACGAUUUUGUCGUUUUCGGUCUUAGAUCACAUUGUUCAGCAACGUCUGUGGUAAAGUUCUAGUAAAAUAUAUUGUUUUUCAAUUAAAGGGCAUGCAUCCAGUAAACCAUCCGUUUUUCCAUCAAUAUUAAUUUAUUUGACACUGGCUUACCUAGACUGUGAUCCGCCUUGGGUCAGUGAUAUAACCAAACCUGGACUCGUUUAUUGAUGUAAAUGUAAUAAAAUAUCUGAUUGGAAAACCAAUGGCGAUAUUACUAUUGUGCGUGGGGUUGAAUAGUGCACGAAACUAUUUUGAAGAUAUCUUUAAAACCGCUAUUUAAUCCCACUAAAAAUAGUUCUCAUUUAAGCUGCAUAAGAUUUUGCGUUAGGUUGGAUUACAAAAGUAAAAAAAAAUGAUUAGGCAAGUCUUGUCCAGACCAUUAAUUUCAAGUCCAUUACAUUAUAACAAUCAUAUCAAAAUAGUAAUAGUAUUUAUGGCGGUAGCUUGUUUCAUAAAAAAAUGGCAAAAAGUGACGUAAUGGCACCUAUGCGAGGUGAAUGACAUCUGAACGAGAUAUUGAGGGUAGACCUUAAAUUAUUUAUGUAACGUAAAAAAAUAUUUUUUGAUAUGACUCAUUUUAGUUCGAUGUUAUCAAAUAUAUGGAUGGUCUUUCAUACAAGAAAGACUGCUUAAUAUUUUGUUGGACUAUUUAAAAAUUUGUUUUGAUACGAAGUGUAAAGCUCAAUAAAUGAUCAAAAGUUUGUGUAUCAAUUUAUAGCAGCUAUUUCUGAUUGUAACUGGUGUUAAGUUCAUAUUGGAUGAUUCGGUCCCCACUCCCCAGUGGCGUGUCCCGAGUGAAUGUAUCGCGGAAAUCACUUUUAUAAGAUACGCUUGAAGUAUAUUAAGUGAAAGUGAGUUUUGCUCAAUAGUGGAGAGUCGCGUGCAAUAUAUAGCGUAAUUAUUAUUUUGUUUCCAAUAAAAUAUGUCAAAUUA